AACACACAGAAAGGAAAACAAAACACACAGAAAGGAAAACAAAUCUCUCGUCAAAAAAAAAAAAAAAGAAAACUUUCUUCUUUGAAAAAUCUCAAACCUUUUCUCUUGAUUCUCUGCAAGAGGUUUUUUGGAUCCGGGUUGUUUGUUGUGCAGUGAAGGAGAAUGUGUGGAGGUGCUAUAAUCUCCGACUUCAUCUCGACGCCGCGGUCGUCGCGUCUGACCGCCGACUACCUCUGGCCGGAUCUGAAGAAAUCCGGCUCCGGCAAGCGCUUCUCCAAGCCUGUGAGAUCGGUGAUCGUCGACAUCGACGAUGACUUCGAGGCUGAUUUCCAGGGUUUCAAGGAUGACUCCGACGUCGACGACGACGACGAAGUUAUAGAUGUCAAGCCUUUCGCUUUCUCUGCUCGCAAGCCCACCUCCUCUCGUGGCUCAACAACUGUGAAAUAUACUGAAUCUGAUGGGCAAGCUGAGAAAUCUGCAAAGAGAAAGAGAAAGAACCAGUAUAGGGGAAUUCGGCAGCGCCCGUGGGGUAAGUGGGCUGCCGAGAUCCGCGACCCUAGGAAAGGUGUCCGAGUUUGGCUCGGAACUUUCAACACUGCUGAAGAAGCUGCAAGAGCUUAUGAUGCUGAGGCACGACGAAUCCGUGGUAAGAAAGCCAAGGUGAAUUUCCCAGAUGAAACUCCGCGUGCUUUGCCUAAACAUCCUGUUAAGGAAGGUCCUAAGAGAUCACUGCCCAAGGAAAAUUCGAACUCCUCCGAGUCGAAUUUGAACAAUCAAAGUUUCAAUUUUGUGAAUAACUCUGAUCAGGACUACUACAAUGCUAUGGGUUUUCUGGAAGAGAAACCACUGACUAAUCAAUAUGAGCAUGUGGAGACUCUCCCUGCUAAAGCGGGUGCUGGACUCAAAUCCAAUGCUCCAGCUGCUACUACUCCGAUGUAUUUCAGUUCUGAUCAGGGUAGCAAUUCAUUCGAGUGUUCUGACUUUGGGCUGGGAGAACAUGGCUCAAAGACUCCAGAAAUUUCUUCUGUUUUCUCAGCCACUUCAGAAAAUGAUGACUCGCUAUCUCUUGAGGAUACUAACCCAACAAAGAAGCUGAAGUCUGACUCAGAGAAUGUGGUGCUUCCUGAAGAAAAUCAUGCAAAGACUCUAUCAGAGGAGCUUUCGGCUUUCGAGUCUCAGAUGAAGUUCUUGCAGAUGCCAUAUCUUGAGGGAAGCUGGGAUGCGUUAUUGGACACCUUCCUCGCCGGUGAUUCAACUCAGGAUGGUGGAAACUCUAUCAAUCUUUGGAGUUUUGAUGACUUCUCCACCAUGUCUGGCGAAGCCUUCUAAGCCAAUUCCCCAGCUUUCCUAGUUAAUGUAAAUAAGGCUACAUGUUAGAAUUGUUUAUCUGCAUAAGGAGUACACAAACAGUGGAACAUGCACAAGCCUUGUAUGGAGAGUGAUUCGAGGUAGCUAAUAUCGGUGUAUGGCGAGUAUAUAGAUAUUAGGUUUUACUUCUUACCUUGAAGACCUUGAAACUUGCGUUUCCAAAUUUUAUGUCUGUAUCAAUUUGACUGUGAUCUGUUAUAUGAAUACUAAGACCUGUUAAUUGUCAUAUUUGCUGUUGUCUUUAUUCGAGUUUUGUUCUCCUCU